ACAAGUUUGUUUACUUGCCUCAGUAGAAAGUUGUCUUUACUAGGUUUAAGUGAGAAACUCAAUAGAGUAAGCUGAAAUAAGUUCAGGUCACUUUAUAUUUUAAAUAGGAUAUACAAUUACAUUUUACAGUGUAGAACCAUUGGUUCUCCAUCCUGAGAGAACCUUGUUACUCUCACUAAACAGUUCUCAUUAGUAUGCCUAGGUUCCUGGGCUUUUCUCUGACAGAAAUGGUUGUAAAUGUUGGAACCCUCAGAGUUCUAUGCAGAUCCCAAUAGUUCCAUCAUUCCAGUCUCUAAAGAUCUACGUCUUUCUCAUCUGGAGGGAUCUGUAGAACCAUCUGCAGAACCAUGUUCUUCCCUCUUUAGUGUUCUCUACUGUGUUUCUUUAACGUUCUCUUGGUUCUCUUGGUUUUUCCGUUAAGCAGAAAUCUGUUUUUUGUGUCAGGUUGAGGAACUCUGACGUUAGUUUUCUUUAGUCUCCAGGUUCUAGUGAGAACUCUGACAUGUUGUUAGUUUUCUGGAGUCUCCAGGUUCUAGUGAGAACUCUGACAUGUUAAUUUUCUGGAGUCUCCAGGUUCUAAUGAGAACUCUGCAGAACCUGUCUUGUUUGUUGGAACCAGUGUAAAUCGGUUUAUUCGUGAGUCAUGAACAGUUCUGGUAAACAGAAUGUGUGACGGUGUUUCCGCUGGUUCUGGACGUUCUGGGUAAGUUUAGUCACUUCAUGUUCUCCAGUUGAGAGUCUCUGAUGCAGUUUCAGUGGAAACAUUUCAUUUCCUUUAUUUCUGUUUCUACGGUUCUAACAAUCUUACAAAGACGUUCCUGAAAUCAGUCUAUAAAUAAUGCUGUAAUCAGUCAGAUGUUUAUUGAUGUUUUAUGUGACUCGUACCGACAUCUGAACCAGAACGAUCUGCUUCUGUUUUUACAUGAUUCACCCAAAAACAACACAGCAUCAUCUACGUAGAGUCUGACUUUAAGUUGUUGUUUCUACCAUCAAUGAAAGAACCAAAGAUUUGUAUAUUUAGAACCAACAACUUCCACUCCCACCACCAUCGUGAUGCUCCCACCACCGUGCUUCACGUCAUGAUGCUGCCACCACCGUGCUUCACAGUGGGGAUGUUUGGUGUUUACUCUGAUGGUCAAAAAGCUCCAUUCUGGUCUCCUCAGACCAAAGAACUUCCUUCAGACUCAUAGGAGUCUUGGUGGCCUCCCUCUUUAGUCUCUUUCUCCUUCAGAGGAGUCAUAGGAGUCUUGGUGGCCUCCCCCUAUAGUCUCUUUCUCCUUCAGAGGAGUCAUGGGAGUCUUGGUGGCCUCCCUCUCUAGUCUCUCAGGUCUUGAGGACGUCCUGCUCUAGUCAGAUUUAUUCAUGUUCCAUCUUCCUUCCAUUUCUUAAUGAUGGAUUUAACGGAACUCCAGGAGACCUUCAGGAACUUUAAAUGUUCUUGUAUCGUCCUGACUGAUGCUUUUCAACAACCUUUUCUGAGAGUUUCUUGGUUCUUCAGUCUUCAUGGUGUGGUUCUAUCCAGAAGUUCUGAUCCACCAGAGACUGGACCUUCAGAUCCAGGAGCCUUUAUUCUCCAAUCAUUGACCUCGGAUCAUCCAUGAAGCGCUUCUGGACCAGCUCAGUUCCAUCAGAGUCUUUAAAGGAGGAGAAUAUUUAUGAAAUCAGAACAUGAAACUCUUCAGAGCAACACCACCUAACCCAAACCACACACACACACACACACACACACACAGUAAGACACACACACACUACCUCUAUCUUUCCGCUGAUUGGACUGAAACUGAUGAUGUGGUUUUGAGUAGUUGCCAUGGUGAUGUGAUGUCAUCAGAAGAUUUAUUUUAGUUAAAUCAAAGUGAUUGAUCGGUGAUCAGCUGAUUAUUAGUUCAUAGAUUCAUAGAUUCAGACUGGGAGCUGAACUCAGGUCAGUUCUUAGUUUGAUUUAUUAAAGUAGCAGAAGAAGAAACUCUCAGAAGUCUUCAGAUGGAAACUUCCUGGAAACUCAUCAAACGACAUGCAGCUGAGGCUCCGCCCACCUCUGACCUCAUCAUGGUUCUAUCAGCACACACACACACACACACACGCACACACACACAGUAACACACACAGUAAAACACACACACACACACACACACACACACACACACACAGUAACACACACACACACAGUAACACACACACACACACACACACACACGGUAACACACACAGUAACACACACACACAGUAACACAGACACACACACACACAGCAACACAGACACAGCAACACACACAGUAACACACACACACAGCAAAACACACACACACAGUAACACACACACACACACAGCAACACACACAGUAACACACACACAACACACACACAGUAACACACACACAGCAACACACACAGUAACACACAUACAGUAACACACACACACACACACACACACACACACAGAGUAACACACACACAGUAAAACACACACACAGUAACACACACACACAGUAACACACACCCAGCUGUCAUUAACCCACAGCGAGCAGAGGAGGAAACCACUGAGCUUCACAUCGACUCAGAACUUCCUGAGGAGGAACUGAACAGGCUCUGGAGAUGUACAGUGCUGAGCUCUGCUACAUCCUGGAUGGGUUCCUGGGACUCUACGGCCUCGUCAUCACCGGGAUGUUCAUCAAGGAGAAGUUCUUUAGAACCAAAGUGAAGGAGGAGAACGUCUACAGCGAUCUGGGAGGUCCGGGUUCUGGAGGGUUCCCGCUGAGAGACCCGGAGAGAGGAAGGAACCGCAGACUUGAUGACGACACGUACACGGAUCUGAACAGACGUACCGACGGAGAAUAUAAGGAACUUCCUAUGAAACGAGAGCGUCAGAGGAAGACUGAACAGGUUUAUCAGGGUCUGAGUUCUGCCACCAGAGACACCUAUGACUCGCUGCAGAUGCAGCCACUUCGCUAAAGAACCACAGUUCUAGUUGUGGAACCAGAACUGAGACCGGAACUGGAACCAGGACGUGCUUAUUUUCUUGCCUUUCUUUUUGUUGAAUUUCUAUAAAAUCUGGUUCGUUUGCUAAAGUUCAGCCUGAGAAAUCUGAAAAGUUCCAGUUUUCUCCUGAAUUGUCUUUAAACCGCUGAGAUGAUUAGAAAUCGGAACUAGAUUCAGUAGAACACAGGAAGUUUAUUUAAAUGAUUGAUUAGAAAACAGGAAGUUAAUUUAAACAUCAUUUCAGUCAUUUUUCAAUUACAAACACCAAAUAAUUUCUACGUUUCAGCUUCUCUAAAGUGAAAAACUGUUUUGCUUCUUCUUCAAAUGUAUUAAUUCAUUUUAAUUCAUAUUUUCAGCUUUUUAAUGAUGUUCUAGUGGAUCAGGACGACAUAUAUUGUUAUUUUCUAGCAUUUUGGUUUUCAGGUUCUGAACUGAAAGAUGAAUUUUUAACAACAUAUUUGAGAAGAAGGUUGUUUAUCUGGAUGUUAAAUCAGAAACAGAGUUUAUUAAAGUCAAGUCAGUGAACUUUCAUAUCCAACUCACAUCUUACUGAUGUUUAAGUUUAUUUUAGGGAGUUUGUAUUUGAUUAUUUAUUGUUUAAAGAGUUUAAAGUUCAUUUACGUCUAAUAUCCCGUUAAUUCAUUAAAACUAAUUAAUCUAAUUAACCACGAGGAGAAAAUGCUCCCAGAUAAAAGCAGACAUGAACUUCUGAUUUUAAUAAUUGUCCUGAAAUCAGCUCAAAAACAUUUCAGAAAUAUCUAAUAAAUACACGACUUGUUUCAUCAUUUAACUGUAAAAAUCAACAUUAAUUAGAUUUUCUCGUCAUGUUUUUAUAGGACGCUGCAGCUUUAAUGUUUUCUGUUGCUUUAUUCUUAAAAAAUAUUACAAAUGUUUGAAUCCUUUCUUUUCAUCUUCUUCUGUUUUCUGACUAGUUUUAAACAACAGUAUAAAUGAAUCACUUGUUCUGAUGUUUUCCUGAGAAUUUCUGCUGUUUUAUCAAGUUAUAUCAUUUGUGUUGCUUCAUUAAUAAAAAUCCUCUUUUACAAAACAUG